UUAAUUGCCAUGCAAAUCAACGUCCCUGUCACAUGCUAAGGCACUGAACCAAUCACCAUCCAGCUUCGUCAGAAGCCUACUUCGAGGGAUUUGUAGAUCUUCUGAGCUAACUGAGAAAAUGGCAGACUUGGAUAAAUACGUAAGUCUGUGUGAAAAAUUACGGAGUAAUAAAGUACUCCAUAAACAUAUGCAAUGGAUCUUUCUGGUUAUUACAGUGACGGGGUCCCUAUUGAAGGAGAUGCAGCUUCUCCCUGAUUGGUAUUUUAACAACAAAAGGAAUGUCCUGAACGUGUACUUUGUCAAGCUUGCCUGGGGCUGGACGCUGUGGUUGCUGCUGCCCUUCAUUUCCAUCUCUAACUUUUACAUCUCUAAAAAAGAUCCCGUGUUCGUCCUGCAGCGUUUGAGUUCACUUCUGGUUGGAACAGUGGUUUGGUACACUUGCACUCAUUUCUUUGUUUUUAUAGAAGACCUCACAGGCGCUUGUUAUGAAUCAGAGACGAUGGACAUUAUCAAAAUGGACUACUCUUCUAAAUUAGCGUGUAAGAAGAGUGGCUUGUUCUGGCGUGGGUAUGAUAUCUCUGGGCACUCUUUCUUACUUGCAUAUUCAACUCUUAUAAUCCUAGAAGAAACAGCGUUGAUGAGUGACUUGAAGAACAUAAGCCAAAGACCCCCUGAGUCUGUGCGUGCCAUUGUUAGUGUGUUUUAUAUUGCUUUAAACGUGCUAGUAGUCAUCUGGAUCUGGAUGUUCUUUUGUACCUCUGUAUACUUUCAUGACUUUACUCAUAAACUCUGUGGCACAUCUUUUGGAAUAUUGGCGUGGUACGUGACUUACCGGAUUUGGUACCAGAAACCAUUUUCCCCAGGACUCCCCACUAGACAAGAAAGAAAAGUCAUGCCUAACCAAAGACGCUACUCGCAAAAUUCUGACUAAUGAAUAAGUUGUCAAAAGUUAGUUUGUUUGUUUGUACACUAAAAUACUUGUAGUCCAUGCUUUUUAUUUGCCUUACUGGGUCCAAAUAACAAAUGGAUUUAAUAGGUCUAUUUAUUUAGUAUUUCAGUAGUAGUGCCCUAUACAUUUUAUCUGCUCAAUUUAUGUUUUGUCUAUUAUAAAACAUCAAAAAAUUGUGUAUUUCAUGUACAGCGACUUUCUGCCAAUUAAAUGUUUAUGUCAUCUACUUUUGCAGUAUGUUCUAAUACUAAAGAAAAAAGUGAUGGAGCUGCCUCUUUCUUUUUAAAAAAAAUAUUUAAAAUUAUUUUGAAUUAGUUUCUUCCACAGAUUUUUGGGAGACAUUUGAUCUUGAUUCAUGGAAUUGGUAGUAGUUUUUUUUUGUCUGUUCAAAUGUUUGAGCUAGAACACUUGAUAAACUACAUGCUAACACCUUCAUUUAGAAAUACCAAAGUAUUUUAUGCUUGAAAUAUAGAAUGUUGUUGUAACUAUGAUUAGAAUAGAGCUGACAGGCUGAACUGCAUGUGUGUGUGUGUGUGUGUGUAUAUAUAUAUAUAUAUAUAUAUAUAUAUAUAUAUAUAUAUAUAUAUAUAUAUAUAUG